AUGAGAGUGCCGUAUUGGCCAACUAAUAAGCCCAUAAUUGAGCAAUUGGGAUCCGCGGCCUGCAUAGAUUUCGGCCCGCAUGCAUUUAAGAAUAGUGACACCUACAAAUGGAAAGUGUUCCUGGAGCCGCAAAAUCCGCAGAUCGAGAGAAAAUAUUACGACAUAAUUAGUUAUGAACAAGCUAACUUCACAGAGCCGAAAGAUGUAUGCGUUGAAAUUCCGGAAUAUUAUUACCAGACCUAUGCAGUUCACUUGUAUGUCAAAUUUAACCACGACGAUGCAAAGUGGGUAACUGAUACUUAUGACCUAAACUUCACCUCAAACCCUGCCUUGCCACGAAACCCCAUUUUUCUGCACGAGGGAUUUCAUUACGUUCCAGAUAAAAGGGAGCUUGAAGUCUUCUGGGAGCCCCUGGAUGAACUGGAAUUUAACGGACCCAACUUUACGUACAUCCUUGCCACAGAUAUAGAUCCCACAGAUGCCAUAGAAAAGAAACCGGUCUAUCAAAGCAACAGCUCAGCAGUCUACCAGGACUGGAACUAUACUCAGUGGACCACCGUGUUUAUUUGGAGCCAGAACGCCAUGGGCCAGUCGUUAAAGUUCCAUCUUAUGACAGUGCCAAUUCUUACCAACUAUACGCAGCAUCAAGCACAGAAUAUUCAGUACCACUUAGAAAACCAUACCCUCACCUGGGAAGCACCACAGGAAUACAAGGGCGGUUGUGUCUAUAACAUAUACUCGUGUUCUACAUCCACAAAAUGCAUUCAACUUGAUGUUGAUUAUACAAGACAUGAGAACACCUAUUACAGUGACAUACCUCAAGAAACCAUAAAUCUCGCUGUGGCUCUGGAGUGCUUAGAUGGUUUUGGCGGGGGAAUGAAUGCACCUCCAAUCGAUGUCGCGCACGUGCUCAUUGCCCUGUCCCAGAACGUUGUCAACUGGCUCGCCGAUGUCCGUGACAAGUGGCUCAUUGAUUUUUAG